CUUGCCUUGUUCAUCAUUACAAUCACAAACCCACUUUUUCGAAUCCUAGUAAGAAUUGAAGCUUCAUUUGGAUCAAUGGCAGUGCUACUACUGACGUCUUCUGUGUUGUUAGCAAUACUAUUCACUUUCAGUGCCGCUGCUCCUCCACAACCUCUCAUCUCCCGGAUCGCAUUUGGUUCUUGCGCUAAUCAAACCUCUCCCCAGCCUAUAUGGGAUGCUAUAGUAAAUUUCAAACCCCAGGUUUUCAUUUGGCUUGGGGAUAAUAUAUACGGAGACAUCAGGCGGCCUUUUAAAUUCUUUGGUAAUGAGAGAACUAUUGGGCCAUGGAAGAAUGUUCCUAGGUUUGUACCUUCAUCAGAGGAUGAAAUGCGAUCCAAAUACAACAUUGCUAAGACCAAUCAUGGUUAUUCCCGUCUUCGUAAGAUUUCCAAGGUGAUUGGCACUUGGGAUGACCAUGAUUAUGGAUUAAAUGACGCUGGAAAAGAAUUUAAACAGAAAGAUACCAACCAAAGGCUUAUGUUGGAUUUCUUGGAUGAACCCCAGGACAGUCCACGGUUAACCAUACAUGUAUUGAUAAGUCCCAGUCUGUUUUUGAAUGUUACCAAUGACAAUGUCUUUUUCAGACGCAAGCAGGCUGGUGUUUAUGCAUCUUACACUUUUGGUCCGGAGGGUAGAGAAAUCAAGGUUAUUCUUUUGGAUACUAGAUACCACAGAGACCCCCUGCGCAGUGAUGGAACCAUUUUGGGAACUGCACAAUGGACUUGGUUAGAAAAGGAGUUGAAUGAGGGACCAUCAGCAAUAACCAUAAUUGGUUCAUCCAUUCAGGUUCUGUCAAACCUUUCAGCCUGUACGGGUCCUUUAUUCUACAUGGAGAGUUGGGGACGUUUUCCAAGCGAAAGAAAACGUCUGUUUAGCUUGAUAUCAGAUAGCAAGAGAGAUGGGGUUUUCUUCAUAAGUGGAGAUGUGCAUUUUGGAGAAAUAACACGAUUCGAUUGUGCCACUGGGUAUCCCCUGUAUGACAUUACCUCAAGUGGUCUUACCCAAGCUGUUGAGAAGGUAAUCCCUUCUUUUUUGCAUUUCGUGCUGCAAUUCUUGGCAUGGCUGACACCUACUACUAUGAGAGUUAUGAACAAGAACUGCAAACACAAAUCAUGCACAUAUGGACAGCCUAAUUUCGGGGUGAUAGAAGUCAUCUGGGAUGCAAAUCCAGUGAGCUUGAGGUUUGAAGUGAGAGGUGUAAGUGGAGAGGCGGUUAACAGUGUGAGUACCUCAUUGUCAGAGCUUCGAGCCAGAAAUCCCCACAUGAAAGCAGGAGACCGCAAACACUGCUCUCUUGAAGUUGAUUUACCAUGGGUUGUCAGACGUCGCUUGGCUAUCCUAUUCUCUUCUUUUGUAGCUGUGGUGAUUGUUGUGCAGCUAGGAGUUUUGUAUGUGGUGAUAUCACUGAUGGUUAAAUGUCACCGGAAGUGCAAGCGUGACUGAUCUUUUGUAGAUGCUUCGCUAUUCCAAAGAAGAAAGUUGCUUGGUAACCCAUCAUCCGAUCAUGGAAUCACCCGCUAGCUAGCUAAAGCUCACAUUAUUUCGUAUGAAUUGUAUUACAGGUUAUUCCCACAGAGGAAGUGUAUAUGUUCUGAAGGGAUAAUAUGCAGGCUCUUUAUCCCCCCCCUCUUCUCUCUCUCUCUUCUUGUAUAACAAAGCAAGAUGUUAAUAAUACCAGAUUACCAAUGCCAUUCAGGGUUUAGUUGCUUCAUUCUGUAGCUAUGUAUUCCCCAGAAACUAUUGGUUAAAAAGGUUUUAUAAUGACACUACACACCGCACAACUGAAGGACCAAUUAUACAGGGCAACCAUGAGUCCAUCUAUGUUGUUUGGGUAUGAGUGUUAGCUAAAAGAGGGAAGAUUGUGGUGGCUUGGAUACAUGGGCAAGAGAUAGAUGAUGAUGGUGGUGAG